AUGCUUUUCGUUUCAUUCGUGCGUGGCUGCGUGCGGCGGGCGGCGGCGCAGGUGGUGACGCUGCUCAACUCGGUGUACAAGCUGUUCGACGCGCGCAUCGAGUGCUACGACGUGUACAAGGUGGAGACCAUCGGCGACUCGUACAUGGUGGCGUCGGGGCUGCCCGUGCGCAACGCGAUGCGCGUACACAUCAGCUUGGAGGUGAAGAAGGCGCUGGAUGCAGCGGGGGGCUUCCGAACCGAGCACCGAGGACUCGUCGACGUCAAGGGCAAGGGGCUCAUGGACACCUACUGGCUCACUUGCAAAGACGGCGGGAUCGCCCGGGCCACCGAACUCGACACGCCCGCCUUCUUCCAGUAUUCGUGA